CACCACCACCACCAACACCACAUUUUUCGCCAAAAUCAAGAUCAGUCCCAGAUCAACCUAUCGCACCGCUUCCUCAGUUUAUCUUUAACUAACUGCUGUUUUCCUUCUUCUUCUCAGGCCACGGGAGAAGCGUUUCUUUGGCCCGGGAAUCUCUUCUCUUCACCUUUCUUUUCCUGUACCACCCACCUUAUUAAAUCCCUUCCGACACCUAUCGAGACCUUAUCCUCACCGCACCUACGCCAGCACCACCACCCCUCCUUUUUCUCUGCCUCUACCUACUACCAGUGACCUCUCCUCUGCAAAAUGGCCGAAGCAGGUAUGGCUCCUGUGAGGAGGCGCCGCAUUGGCGUCAUGACCAGUGGAGGUGACUCUCCCGGCAUGAAUGGUGCUGUCCGCGCAGUUGUUCGAAUGUCGAUCCACAUGGGCUGUGAGGCAUACGCAAUCUACGAGGGCUAUGAAGGGCUAGUACAAGGUGGAGAUCUGAUCAAAGAAAUGAAAUGGGAAGAUGUCAGAGGAUGGCUGUCUCGAGGUGGUACACUCAUUGGCACAGCAAGAUGUAUGCCCUUCAAGGAAAGAUGGGGAAGACUGAAAGCUGCCAAAAACAUGAUCCUACGAGGGAUAGAUGCUCUGAUCAUCUGCGGCGGAGACGGUAGCUUGACCGGUGCAGAUCUCUUCAGAUCCGAAUGGCCGGGUCUGAUCAAAGAGCUGGUCGACACCAAAGAACUCACUCAAGAACAAAUUGAGCCAUUCAAGCAUCUGAACAUUGUCGGAUUGGUUGGAUCUAUUGACAAUGACAUGUCUGGCACCGAUGCCACCAUUGGAUGCUACUCCUCCCUCGAACGAAUCUGUUCCGCCGUCGACGACGUCUUCGACACCGCAGCUUCUCACCAACGAGGCUUCGUGAUUGAGGUCAUGGGUCGACAUUGUGGCUGGUUGGCCCUGAUGGCUUCGAUAGCUACUGGUGCUGAUUUUGUCUUCAUCCCUGAGAAGCCGCCACGAGUGGGUUGGGAAGAUCAGAUGUGCGACAUCAUCAAGAAGCAUAGGUCGAGAGGCAAGAGGCGGUCAAUUGUCAUAAUCGCCGAGGGCGCACAUGACGAAAAUCUGAAGAAGAUUACAGCCAAUCAUGUCAAAGAUCUCUUGUCGAACAAGCUGAACCUGGACACCCGUGUUACUGUCCUGGGGCAUACACAGCGAGGCGGGCAGGCCUGCUUCUACGACCGAUGGCUGUCCACCCUGCAGGGUGUGGAGGCUGUGAACGCGGUUUUGGAAGCAACCCCAGAAACCCCCACCCCUGUCAUCACUAUACGAGAGAACAAGAUUGAAAGAUCAAAUCUUAUGGAAGCCGUGGCCUUGACGAAAUCAGUCACCGCUGCCAUUGAGGCAAGAGACUUCGACAAGGCCAUGCAAUUGCGGGAUGUCGAAUUCAAAGAAUACUAUCAGAGUUACAUGAUCACCACUUCUACAGAUCAUCCCAAAUUGCGUCUGCCCGAGGAGAAGAGGCUGCGAGUUGCCAUCGUUCACGUCGGUGCUCCUGCCGGCGGUAUGAACCCAGCCACCCGAGCAGCUGUGGCUUACUGCCUGACCAGAGGCCAUACACCAAUCGCCAUUCACAACGGCUUCACUGGGUUGCAACGUCACCAUGCUGACAAGCCAUUGGGAUCUGUGCGAGAGUGCAAGUGGAUUGACGUCGAUCCCUGGGUGAACGAGGGUGGUUCAGAAAUCGGCACGAACCGAGGUCUCCCCAGUGCUGACAUUAAAACUACAGCCGAGUGCUUCGAAAAAUACAAGUUCGACGCCAUGCUUCUGAUUGGCGGAUUCGAGGCUUUCACCGCGGCAAGUGAGCUGAGAAAGGCUCGGAAUGAAUACCCAUCGUUUAAGAUCCCGUUGGUUGUUCUGCCUGCCACAGUGUCGAACAAUGUCCCGGGAACAGAGUACUCCUUGGGCAGCGAUACCUGCUUGAACACACUCAUCAACUUCUGCGACGCCAUCCGACAGUCGGCGUCAUCAUCGCGGCGAAGAGUGUUUGUCAUCGAGACCCAGGGCGGCCGAUCGGGCUAUCUAGCGACCAUGGCUGGUCUCUCGGUGGGUGCAUUGGCUGUCUACAUUCCAGAAGAGGGCAUCAACAUCCACAUGAUUGCGCGGGAUAUCGAGUUUCUUCGGGAAAACUUUGCCAACGACCAAGGCGCCUCCCGAGCGGGCAAGAUCAUCCUCCGCAACGAAAAGGCCAGCCAGACGUACACGACCCAAAUUAUCGCGGACAUGAUCAAGGAAGAGGCAAAGGGGCGGUUCGAAUCCCGAGCGGCGGUGCCUGGACACUACCAACAGGGUGGCAAACCUUCGCCCAUGGAUCGGAUAAGGGCGCUCCGGAUGGCGAUCAAGUGUAUGCAGCACGUUGAAGACAGGUUCACCGGCCGAUCCAAGGCGACGAUCGCAGACGAUCCGUUGUCCGUGACGGUGAUUGGCAUUCAAGGCUCGGAGGUCGUCUUCACGCCCCUGGGCGGAGAGAUGGGACUCGAGGCCAACGGUACCGACUGGGUCGAUCGUAGACCCAAGAACGAGUUUUGGAUGCCGAUGAAGGACACGGUGGACAUUCUGAGUGGCCGGCCCAGGUUGGGCGAUUGCUGCGACGAAUGUGGGAAGCCGCUGUCGGGACAUGUCCUCAGAACCGUCCCUUCCAAGGACUGAUGUCCAGACCGAAUCCGCAGGUUGCGUAUUUCCUACCUGGAUAAGUGUAGUGGGAUCAAGGCGUCGAAAGGGUGGCGAGGCGAGGGAGCCUUGGGUUUUCGAAAAAGUGUAACGGUGUUGGGACUGGAGGGCUUGGUAUUGAAAUGGCAUGGGAUGAUUUCAAGACCUGCACGAAAUACUUGCAAGUACUAGGCUCAAGAAGUUUGAUUAUAUUACGAGGGCUAUGAGAGAUAGAUUAUCAAUUCAUCACAAUCAUCAGACUGCAGACCAUUUGACCAAGUCCAAAGCGGCUCCGCGGAUAGAUCAAAGGGAAUGUUGUUAGAGGAGCCAUGUGUGUUGUGUAAUCUUCUGAUGUUUCCCUACCAGUUCUGUGAUGGAUAACAUCAUCACCUACCUAGUACCUUGUGUCAAGUCAGCAUUUCGGCAUGCGCUGAGGUUACUCAGUGCUCGUGUCGUAUGAUUUCCAGUCAG